AUGCGACUCUGUUACUCUCAGUUGGUCUCAAGGCAUCUGGUGGUCCCUCGGAGAUCAAGACCGGCACCGCUUUUUUCAUCUUCGGCGACUCCUUUCGUGGACUCUGGCAACAAUAACUACAUCGACAACGGCCCUGAGAACCCGGGAAAUUACAAGCCUUUCGCCCAAAAUGGCUUCUUUAAAGAACCCACUGGACGCUUCUCUGAUGGCCGCAUUAUAGUUGAUUAUAUAGCUCACGUGAAUGGAGUCAACUUUGCCUCUGGAGGGGCUGGAAUUCUUUCUACCACCAAUCAAGGCCAGGCCAUUGAUCUUAAGACACAACUCAAACACUUUGAAGAGGUGCAAAAUUCACUAACAAAGAAUUUGGGAGAUGCAGAAACAAAGGAGCUUCUAUCGGAAGCAGUUUAUUUCAUUAGCAUUGGAAGUAAUGAUUAUAUGGGUGGUUAUCUUGGUAAUCCAAGAAUGCAGGAACAGCAUCCUCCCGAAGAAUAUGUUGGGAUGAUCAUUGGGAGGUUGACACAAGCAAUCCAAGAAUUGCACGAGAAAGGCGGUAGAAAGUUUGGUUUCCUAAGCUUGCCACCACUGGGUUGCUUACCAGCCCUUAGAGCCCUCAACACCAAAUCUAAUGAAGGCAGUUGUUUUGAAGAGGCUUCUACUCUCGCGUUGGCACAUAAUAAUGCUUUGAAAGCUGUCCUAACAAGAAUUGAACAUCUAUUCAUGGGUUUCAAAUACAGCAAUUCCUAUUUUUACAAUUGGCUUGACGACAGAAUCAAUAAUCCCACCAAAUAUG